UCCCCGCCUGAGUUGGCGGGGCGGCAAAAGGAAGCACCCGGAGGGAGGCGCGUAGAGGGAGGCGCCAGGCGCCUUUUGGCCCUGAGAAUCGCCCUUGGCCUUCAGGAUUGGACGCCCGGUGGUGCGCGCUGGGAAACCUGUCCUCAGAGGCUUCCAGGUGGGGGCGCUCAGCGGACUUCGGGUUUCUUGGAAAGCCUCGCAUUCGGAAGUCGCCGAUCGGAGGCCUACGUUUAUCUCUCAAAAGAGAGCUCCAUCAUGAGGAAAACAUAUGGUUCCCCAAUUGUUAAAGGGACGGCUAUUCGCAAAGCAGAUAAGAGCACUCCCAAAAAAAAAGUCCAUUUUGCUGCUACUGUCGAGACCAGGAUCUUUCUACCAUUUAAUAAAGAGACAUCCAUUGGAAUCAUACAGAGAGCCUGGUUAACCUACAUGGACAGGAUGCUGUUCCGACUGUUAAAGCAUACCAUUUGUGCAGCGGAAUAUCAUGUGACACAUGAAAUACUGAAGCAAGUGAGCCCCUUGGAGGCUAAACUUGUUAAAGAUCCAAGCAUGAAGUGCAAAGUCAGAUUCAGAUUUAGUGGCGAAAAAUUUCCACCUUUCAUCGUGUUUAAAAUUUUUCUUCAAACUGAAGGCCAUGGAUACAAAUAUCUUAGUGGGAAAAAUAUGCUAAAGCCAUGCAGUGAGGGAGUAAGUGAUGCUUGCAAAAUGAUGGGAAUAAGGAAAUUCUAUGAACAACUUCUGGAAGAUGAACGUCGCUUCCAGAAAUUCAAAGUAACUGAAAAAGUUGAUAUUGUUACCAUGAAGGAUUAUAUACAGUAUUCCAGCCUCCUGGAUGAAACCCCCGCAUCUUCUGGUGGCAAAAACAACUAUUGGCGAAAAUUAAACCUUGAAAACAUCCCCAGAACAAUGAUGAUAUAUGACAUAGUCGAAUACGCACAAACUAAAGUCAUCUCAGACCGCCUACAAAAAGAAAUGAAGUAUCUGACACAGAGACCACAAACAGAAGAAAUGCGCCAGCACCAGCUACAGAUUGUUUCUGAAAUUAGAUAUCCUACAUCCUCUGUGAAUAUCCGAUCUUCCUAUCGACCCUCCUACCAUCCAGGCCAGUGUAAACAUCUGGGACGUCGGUCCAAGCAAGCUCAACUGAAAGUUAAAAAAAUGAAGAAAGUUUACAAGGCGGCUAAAGAAAAACCUACUCCUGAGGAACUGAAAACAGAAAAACCAACUAAAAAACCACAAGAAACAAUCAUCUUCUCCACACCAACUUUUGACAUUGUGGAGGUUCAAGAAUCUCUGUCAGAUAUCGAUUUGGAGAAAGAAGAAAAGGAAUUAUUCACCUGGUGUGAAAGCUUGGGCAUUGAUAAAUCUGCAUCAUAUUAAUGCAAAGCUAACUGGCAGCUUAACAAUGUGCUAGUGUGUAAUGAUCCAGAAAGGAAAAUAAAAUAGAACAAAGUCCUCA